AUGGCCACCAACAAGAAGACUCUGAUUCCCUUGCUCUUGGUCUCCUUGGCGCUGAUGGUGGUGAUGGCUUCUGCAAUACCCGCUCGUGCUGCCAAGUUUAUUACAGAAUCCAAUGACAGCUACAUGGAAUGCUUCGAUGGCUGUAAGUUCAAUAUGAAGCACACCUACAAUGCUCUUCUACCUCCAGCCCUUCUCUGUAGAUGGAACCACAUCAUAUGGUUUCCAAAUCAUAUACCCAGGCAUGCCUUCAUUACAUGGCUUGUUGUGCAUUGUAGACUCUACACCAAGGAUAGGACAUUCUGGCCUCCCUCGGAUACUGCUAACCUGUGUUCCCUUUGCUUGAAUGAGGUUAAGACUCAUGAACACCUGUUCUUCAGGUGUGGUUUCUCAUCAUGUAUUUGGGACAAUGUUCAGCACAAAUGUGGUGUUUAUUGUGGUGAUCGUAACUUUAUUUGCAUGGGUCAAUGGAUUAGGACUAUAUGGAAUGUUGAAUGUAAAUCAAUUGAGGCAAUCUUAAUCAAGCUCUGCUUCUCUGCUACUAUCUACUUUAUAUGGAAGGAGAGAAAUAAUCGUCCCUGUUCUGAGAUUCAUAAAUCCCUUCAAGCAGUUUGGAAGAUGAUUGAAGAAUGUGUUCGCGCUCGACUUCUCUCAAUCAAAAUGAAGGACCCCACCAGCUUGAGAGGCAUAGCUACUGAAUGGGGGCUCCCUAGUUUGAUCAAUACAGCUGAGGUCACAGUUGGUUGA